AUGUACGACUUCUCACGCCAUCACGGCGCCCGGUCGCGCCAUCGCACCCCGUCUCGGUCGGGGACGAUCUGCAUCACCAUCGACAUCACCACCCGACACGUGGUGAUUUGA